AUGCGUCGAAGUGUCGUGCAAGUGCUUCGAGGGCCUUCAGGGGCUCCGAGACGACACGUCCACGCGACCACCGCCCUCGCCUGUCCUUCUUUGUCCCGAGAAGACAUUGCUGCCAUGGCAAAGGUGUCGCCGACGCCGUUGACGCUGCAGCAGAUGAAGACGUUUGCCACGAACGGCCCCGAGUUACGACUCAAAGCGUCGGCGUUUCUGCACAACGAGCUCCAAAUCCGCUUUGCUAGAGCGGUCGUGGAGCUGUCGGAACUGCCCCUCGGAUUGAACGAGACCCCGCCGGUGAAGAUGGCCAUUGCCAACUACACGACAUUCUUGCACGAUGUCGCUGCCAUGAAAGCGCCAUCUACACCGGAAGAGGACGCGAUCUUUACGUCGCGCAUCACUCAAAUGAAGAAGCAAGGGUCGAACCUCGUGCCGAUGAUCUGCGGCGGUCUCCAUACCAUCAAGACCACGCCUCGCGGGAUCGACGCCCUGCGACUUCAAGAUGUUCAAGACGACCUCAAUACCCGCCUCGAUACGUUCUUCCUCUCGCGCAUUGGUAUUCGCAUGCUCAUCGGCCAACAUUCCAAAGACGGAGGACGGGUCAAGCUCACGGACGUUCAGGAUAUUGUCAACGAAGCCGUCGCUCGAGCCAGCGCGUUGUGCGCAGCAUUUUGCGGCCCGCCGCCGCCCGUGCUCGUCCGCGUCGUGGAGAAUGGCAACGCGCCGUUUAUGUAUGUGCGGUCGCACCUUCAUCACAUGGUGUUUGAGUUGCUGAAAAACUCGAUGCGGGCCACUGUCGAACGCCAUGCCCGCCUUUUGAGCGAGGACGGCCGGCCUACAUGUGCGUUGCACCCCAAGCCCAAAAUGAACCACCUCAGCCCCCUUCUUGGCUUUGUCAUUCCCGAUCUGGAUACGAUCGACGGCGUGACGAUCUUUCCACCGUCUGCAGCCGCGGGAUUGACGCUGCCCCCUAUUACGGUGGUCAUUUCGCAAGGCGUCGAAGGUGCUUGGUUGCUGUCCAUCCACGAUAUAUUCAUUUUCACAGGAUAUGCUGCUGCGAUUACGAAUGCGUGGAAUAUGAUGAUUCACAGACCCUACAUCGUGUGACGACUCUCAAUAAAUGUGUACUAGAUUUAACCAUCAAAAUCUCCGACGAAGGCGGGGGCGUCCCUCGAAGUGAGUGGCGCAAGCUGUGGCAGUACACGUACUCGACGGCCGACGACGACAUGGACCCGAGCAUAUUUCAAGGUCAAGUGAACUUUCGCGACCAUUUCUGCGGCGGCGGCUACGGCCUGCCCAUCUCGCGCCUCUUUGCGCGGUACUUUGGGGGCGAAGUGACGUUCGUGUCGUCGGAAGGGUUUGGCUCGUCCGUGUUUAUUCAAGCCCAUCGACUCGGCAAACAAGCCGAGCUCGUUCCUGGACACACCAACUUUACGCUGCAGCCGUUGACGUUUUGAAUGGGACUAGCGUGAAAGUGCAUAUCAAGGGCGUAGUGUUCAAUUACUGUAUGCAAUCGUACAUUAGAUUUGUAAGAAUUCGAUACUAGUAUCAAAAUGACCUGGGGCUGCCAAUCGAAUUGACGAACCAAAAUCGACACGGAACGAAGUAACCAAUGAAAUUUUCG